CAGGUCUCGGGCCCUCAGGCGGAGCGCGGCGGGGUGCCGGACCCCCAGAUGGAGCGACAGGCCUCGGGCCCCCAGGCGGGGCGGCGGGCGCCGGACCCCCGGGUGGAGCGACAGGUCUCGUGCCCUCAGGCGGAGCGGCGGGCGCCGGACCCCCAGGCGGGGCGACAGGCAUCGGGCCCCCAGGCGGGGCGACAGGCAUCGGGCCCCCAGGCGGAGCGGUGGGCGCCGGACCCCCAGGCGGAGCGGUGGAGCGACAGGUCUCGGGCCCUCAGGCGGAGCGGCGGGCGGCCGGACCCCCAGGUGGAGCGACAGGUCUCGGGCCCUCAGGCGGAGCGGCGGGCGCCGGACCCCCAGGCGGCGGAGCGAACAGGGUCUCGGGCCCCCCAGGCGGGGCGGCGGGCAUCGGGCCCCCAG